GAUCUUAUAAAACAAGUGAUUGAAAGUGCUAUUCCAAUUUUUGAACAAACACAUUUUAGUAAAACUGCACUCUUUAUGUUUGAUAACAACUGCUCUCAUAACACAUAUACUAAUGAUGCCUUAGUUGUUUCACAGAUGAAUUUAAAAAAUAGAAGCAAGCAACCUCUACUUAGAGAUGAAAAAAUGUCUGAAGGCUCUGUUUAUGUAAUAACAUUUGUAAAUGAGAAUAGUAUAAAAAAACCAAAAGAGAUUCAAUGUAUUCUUGAAGAAUGUGGCCUGUGA